GUAUGUCGCGACAGGGAUAUACUAAUUCACAAUAACACGUUUAUCAACUCAAAUAUUGACACACUCAAUCACGAAUGCAGACAGGCAUGGGAAACGGUACUCAAUGCGCCCUAUUUACAUUGUUGUGAAGUUACGCAUAUCCCGCUAUCUACCAGGAAGCUCCACAGUGAAAAAAAGAAGAAAUUGAUCACGCCGUAAGCCGUCCGACCUUGCAGGGAGGGCCACUCCUCGUGUAUCAGCGGGUCAACCGUCCACGAAUGUGUGUUACUUUGUAUUCAAUAUGGCGAAGUGGAUAACAGCUGAUAUAAUACUUCUGGCAUGUAUUUCUUUCAGUGUUUCAGUGUCUGGCCAGACAAUCCGACUGGUGUCCCCCCUGAGCAACGGUGUUGGGAGAAUUGAGGUGUUCUAUAACGGCACAUGGGGCACCGUUUGUGACGAUGGCUUUGGGGCAGAUGAAGCCAAGGUGGCCUGCAAACAACUGGGACGAUAUAAAAGCGGACUUACACCAAGGGCAAUUGAAACUUUUGGGUUUGGAGGAGGAAAGAUUUGGUUGGAUGGCGUGAGUUGCUCCGGUACCGAGUCAUCUUUGGCCAGCUGUUCACACAACACAUGGGGCGACAACGAUUGUAGUCACGGUGAAGAUGUUGGCAUCAUAUGUGAUCCAAGUGACAUAACGAUGAAGCUGACACCGAACUACAACAAAGGACUCCUACAGGUGUACCACUCCGGUAGAUGGGGCACAGUGUGUGAUGAUGAGUUUGGCCAAAUAGAAGCUUCAGUUGUGUGCAGGGCCCUGGGGUACCAAGGGGGAAAGGUAAUCGAUAAUAACAGUUCAAUAACAAUGUGGUUAGAUGACGUGCAGUGCACGAUGCGGAAUACAGAUCUUAAAGACUGCAAGCACAGACCAUGGGGGAGUGAUGACUGUAGCGACUCAGAAGCUGUAGGUGUCCAGUGUUUUUCAUUUCCUGAAGAUUCUACAGCGGCAAGACUUGUAUCCACCACCAGCACGCCAGGGGAGGGAGUGCUGGAGCUGUACCAUGGUGGACAAUGGGGUCGAGUCUGCUAUACUGGGUUCGGAGUGGAAGAGGCAACAGUUGUCUGUAGAAUGUUGGGACACAGCACUAGUGGGGCCCUCGCCAGCUUACAUUUAAACACCGGCAGUUCAUCAAGGCAUGUCAUCCUAGAUAAAGUCAAGUGUCUUGGCACAGAACUCUCUCUCAAUGAAUGUCUUCACUAUCCAUGGGGUAGUGUUACCUGUUCCUCAAGCGUAGCCCGAAUACAGUGUCUUUCUGCUAAUCUUCACAUACGCUUGAAUUCGACAACUCUCGGACGGGGUCGGGUAGAAGUACUCCACAACAAUGUCUGGGGAACAGUUUGUAGAAGGUCGUCGUUUUCCUCACAGGAGGCACAAGUUGUGUGUAAAAUGGCAAAUCUGCCCUGGACGACCGCCUCUGUGACUACAUCUUACGGGCCAGGUGAAGGAAUUAUUUGGCUGAGUAACGUCGACUGUACGGGAACCGAGACUUCCCUGGAUCAGUGUUCCCACUCUGGAUGGGGAACAGCGCCGAGCUGUUCUCACAGUAGUGAUGUGGGCGUGGUGUGUCGUGGAGCUGCCCUGGUAAUCCACCUGGAGCCGCCAGGAAGUGUCCUAAACGUCCUCCUUGGUCAGGUGAUCGGUGUCGUGUGUGUGGUCGACUACUCCAACUCCACGGUCACUUCGUUCCGCUGGACUCACAAUGGACAUCCCUACAGUGGACAGACCUUCAGUAAAACAGUAACAUCCAAGUCCGACUCUGGCAGUUUAACAUGCAGUGUAGGGAAUGUCCACGCCUCCACUCGAAUCAACGUGUGGUACCCCACAGUGGUACAUCUGGAACCACGAAAUGACACCCUGGAUGUCGAUAUAGGUGAGGACCUCAGUGUACGGUGUGUUGUGGAUGAUGGUAACCCUAGUGUCCACACAGUCCGAUGGUCUCACAACGGACAAACAGUUACUGGCCAUGGAUCGACAUUCCUCAAACGUAACAUAACAAAGUCUGACCAAGGAGAACUGGCCUGUACUGCUGAUAAUGGACACAUGAUGACACCUGGACGGGCAGUUGCAACUGUAAACGUCAGAUAUCCACCAGAGAUCCACCUGUCACCAAGGCAAGAUGUCAUCAGUGUCAUGGCUGGAGAUGCCGUUGAAGUCGAAUGUGUCGUCGACGACGCCAACCCUGCUGUCACCUCGUACACGUGGUGUCACAACGAUUAUAUCAGUCAUGGACAGACGUUUAUGAAGCAUGUGUCUCCUGAUGAUGCGGGAAACCUAUCGUGCUCUGCUACGAAUGAACAGGGAACAUCUACUGUACAAGCAAGGAUCAGGGUCUUGCAAGUUUCCUCGUUUAUCGGAAGUGAUGACACUAUAAGCCAGAAUAAACUGAUUGCCAUAGUAACAGGAUCUGUUGGCAUAGUUACCAUUAUCAUCCUCAUCAUCAUCGUUAUUCACCUGAGGAGGAGACUGCAUGCUGCAAAAUCUGAGCAUGAGCCAAAGAGAUCUGAACAGACGUCAAGGACAGAUGAAAUCCCUUCAAGAUGCUGCAAUUACGAGACCGUGGAGCGGCCUAGUGGAGGUCCUGAGAAUACCUAUUGCGAGAUUGGCUUGUCACAAACAACAGAUGGGAAUCCUGCCCACGUCUAUGGCAACACUGGAUUUGAAGAUGAAGAAAACAUACGUAAAAAAAAAGGAACUGCUUCGGGCACAAACUACGGCAACAUCCAGCUUGAAAUGAGCGAAAACAUACGUCAAAAAAGAGGAAAGGAGAGGAAAGUGAAAUCACCCAAAGGACAAGCGUACAAUGAUGAGCCCGUCUAUCAAAACACCACCUCCAGGGAACAGUCGUCCAUGUGAAUAUGGGUACUGAUGUCAUCACGUCACCUGAACACCUAUCUGUAUCUACGAUUAGUUUAUUUACGAUGCAUUUAUGCUACUAUAGUUCCUUAUUGUUAAUGUUACCAUGGUCAGAUUUUGUUAUUACACACGUAUAUGUGUAUGUAUAUAUAAUUAUUGUAUAACUCUAUAUGCCUACUCAUUGUUUACCUGUUGAUGGGGUAAGAAGUAGCCCUGAAACGUCGUUAAAAAGAUUAAAAUAAGUUGUUAUCCAUAAAGAAGUGCCACGUAUUCAGACAGACAUGCAGACAGUUUAGUCAGUAUGCAAGGCCAUAUGGUCAAUAGUACAGUUCAGUUUUAACAUAUGCAUAAAAAUCAACAUGAUCUUGAACAUAGCAUGAUAUAUUCUAAAUACAUGUUUCAAAUAUAUUCCGAAAGAUUUGAUAACAUCUUCAUUCGUGAAUUCAACGAACUGAUCAUUAAUUGAUUGUCUUUGUGUGUUAUAUCUAAAUAAGAUAGAAAUAUUAAUCUCAACAUUUUCAAUUUUUCACAUAUAAAAAGAACAUGAAACUCGUCUUCAAUCUCCUGGUUCGUACAGUUAGAACAUCUUCAAUUUACAAAAUCACUCUCAUUGGGUCUACGAUGUUUAUUGACAAGGAAGUUAUGGAGAGAUAUUCUUAAUUUACAAAGAGCUCUCAAUAAUGUUUUAUCUUUUAAUAUACUUAAAUAUUUUUCUGGUUGUAACAAUGAUUUGAUACAAGCAUGAUGCUUGAGAAAGUGUGAAGAGGAAACCUGUUGGUGCCAGUUUUGCGGAAAUAUAUCUAUAAAUCUUUGUUUGAAAAUAGUUUUUCAUUACGAGUGUCUUGUGAGAUCCAUUCAAAGGAAAAUCCAGUGUUAAAUAAUAUGCUCCUUACACCAGACACCAAUUCGUUUUCCCUUCACCAUCUUGCUUUAGCGUUUUGUAACAUUAAAAUGGGUACCUGUCAGCUUCCAUUUUUAAUAUCUAUUAUCCAGCAUUAACAACACGCAGCGACCAGUUUCACCAAGCACUAUCUUAUUUGAAGCAUAUUUACCAAUGCAUAAAAAUUGCUCAAAAUACAAAGUGUGACAUUUCUCAAUGGAUUCAAAUAUAUUUAAUGCUCCAUAUUUCCGAUCCGUAGAACAAAAUGGGUAGAAUUUUACCAUCAAAUAUUGAAUUUGCUGUUGAAAAUGAGAUAUAUUUGUUUUCCUUCAAUAAUUUAUAAACAGGAAACAUUGCCUCAGAUGCCUGAAGCGCUAAGGUCUUACAAGCCUUAGACCAAUGUAUUCUUGAGGACGGUAAUAGUCCUAAAUACUUAUAAUAAAGUCCAAUUUUUUAAUGUUUUUCACCAUAUAUCCAAUUUUCCUGCUUCGAUACAAUUCCUCCAUCAAAAACAAUAACAUUGGUUUUCACAAGGUUUACUUCUAAACCCCACUUAAUACCAAAGGACUGCAAUACAUUAAGCUGUUUCUGCAAGCAACAUACUAGGGCACCAGAGCAACAUCAUCCGUGAAAAGCAAUAGCAUAAUAUCUAUAAUGUUUUGUGUCACAAACACACCAGGAUGACAUUCUUUGUACAUUUCAGAAACAAGUUUGGUUAUAAAAAAGAUGAAUAAGACUGGGCUUAAGAUGCAACCUUGAGGAACACUACUGGUAGUAAAACAAGGAGUUAUAUCCGAGUCAGUUAUAAUACAUGCUUUGACUGAGAUAUACAUAUUUUUAAAAACUAAUGACAGUUUACCUCGACAUCAAUAGGUACAGCAGUUUUUUUCUAUCAACGUAAUCAAAAGCUUUGCGGAAAUCAACAAAGGCACAAUAAAAACGACCUCUAGGUUUACAUAAAUAUUUGGAGCAAAGUGACAAAGAUAUUGUCAUCUUCAGAAUACUCAGAGUGAAACGCUGCUUGAGCUUGAGAUAUCAUUUACGUCAAGCCAAAUUCUAAGUAGUUAUUCAACAAUAAAUGCAAAUAGUUUUCCCAUGACAUUCAAAACAGAUAUACCUCUGUAAUUGUUUGGUUGACUGACAUUUCCUGAUUUGUAUAAAGACAUUAUCAUUCCAAUAUUCCACGCAUCGGAGAAAAUACCUGUAUCAAGGAUUUUAUUGAAUAAAAGCAACAAAUAUGGUA